UGUCCCCAGCCUGGAGCAGAUGCUGGCCGCCAACCCCGGGAAGACGCCCAUCAGCCUGCUGCAGGAAUAUGGCACUCGCAUAGGCAAGACCCCCGGCUACGACCUCCUGAAGGCCGAGGGACAAGCCCACCAGCCCAACUUCACCUUCCGUGUCACCGUCGGGGACAUCAGCUGCACCGGGCAGGGGCCCAGCAAGAAGGCGGCGAAGCACAAAGCGGCGGAGGUGGCCCUGAAGCUGCUCAAAGGGGGGGACAUGCUGGAACCCACCGCCCCCGAGGAGCCCAGGGGUGCCAGGCACCCAGGCCCGGUGGGUUUGGGGGAUCUGCGGGGGGGGGUCCUGGCGUGGGGGGCUCGGAGCCAUGCCCCCCUCACGCCGUGCCCGUCUGCCCCACGCAGGGGCACCCCCCUGGAGAUGAAGACGCCCGUGUCCCCCCCCCAGUCGGAAUGUAACCCCGUGGGCGCUCUGCAGGAGCUGGUGGUGCAGAAGGGCUGGCGCCUGCCCGAGUACACGGUGACACAGGAGUCGGGGCCGGCGCAUCGCAAGGAGUUCACCAUGACCUGCCGCGUCGAGCGCUUCGUGGAGAUCGGCAGCGGCACCUCCAAGAAGCUGGCGAAGCGCAACGCGGCCGCCAAGAUGCUGGUGCGGAUCCACAACGUCCCCAUGGAGCCACGGGAGGGCAGCGAGGCCGAGGUGGAGGAGGACCAGUUCUCCAUGGGGGCGGGCCCCAGGCUGGAGGGGCUGCGGGGCCGAGCACCCGGCUGCACCUGGGACUCCCUGCGCAACUCGGCGGGCGAGAAGAUCGUGCAGCUGCGGAGCCACCCGCUGGCACCCAUGGAUGUCCGCAAAGUCCUCAAGCAAGAGUGGAACCAGCAUGGGAAGGAGGAGAAGAAAAAGCCACCUUUACCCUCGCCCAUCCUCACGGGACCCGGCGUCACCAACCUCCCAGAAAAGCCGACUUCCCGACCAAAACCGGCCCCCAAAACCAAAGCCCGGCCUCGACAGCUGCCGCCACGCUGGCCUAGGGAAGAAACCGCCUCCGAGAGAGGCGAUGAGGCAGGAGACGAUGUGGGGCAGAAACCCAGCAGCCGCGACGGUCGCGCGGGCGCGCCUACACCCCCCACUGAAGCGCUCAGCGGGGAUCUCCACACCUCGGAGCUCCAGGAGAGGAGACCACACUGA